UCAUAAUUUUUAUCUUCAAGUGUUCAUAGCAUAUUCAUCACUGAGAAAGAAAGAAGAGUAACUGAAAAGAGAUUAUUACAACCAGUUCAUUCAUCCAUAGUUCCUUGGAGAAGAUCAAGAAAAGAAAUUAUCAAUCUCUUUUAGAAGUGGUAAUUAAGGAGGUUUGUACAAUAUGAAAGAUCAAGAGAAAGGGAAAGGGCCAAUGGAUCUUCAAAACUCUGCUACUGAAUUAAGAGCGCUUAUUGUCGAUGAUGAUAAGCUUGUUAGAAUGAUUCAUCAAGGUCUAUUGAAAAGAGCUGGUGUGAGAAAUGAAGCAGUAAAGAAUGGUAAAGAAGCCAUAGAUAUUCAUUGUAGUGGUCAAAGUUUUGAUAUUAUUCUUAUGGAUAAGGAUAUGCCUAUCAUGAAUGGGAUUGAGGCAACCAAGAAACUGCGAUCAAUGGGUAUUGAAAGCAUGAUUGUUGGUGCAUCAUCAUGCUAUAGAGAAGCAGAAAAACAAGAAUUUAUUGAGGCAGGGUUAAAUGACUAUCAAGUGAAACCAUUGACCCUUGACGUGCUUAAGUCAAUUCUUGAUGCUGUAAAAGCUAGAAAGUAGCAUGGCCUCUUGUGGAUGAUGUUGUAAGAAAUUAGGGAAAACGUUGUGCUUUUAGUUUAGAUAGUUUCUUUUUAAAAUGACUGAAUAAUCUGUAACUCUCAAUUGUUAAUUCAGUAUUGUAAUAAUUGA